AGCGAGCUGCACGCGGCAGCGGCGAAGCCAAAGCCUACCGAGGGGGAGUUAGCAGGGCGACGUCAUGGCAACCAUAGCCGAGGCGCGGUCAGCGGGACGGUCCUCGGAGGAUCUGUGUGAUACAGGGAUUAUAAGGCGCCGCGCAAAACCGUGACUGCUUCUAAGGAGUGUCGUCUUGUAUAAUUUCAAUUUCUGAAUACCCAUCCAAUGAAAACAAGGAGAAGAAAUAAGGAAAAAGAUGUCCCACAAAUUCAAUUAUGAGCAAGGCUCUGAUUUUAUAAAGUAUUAUGGCAGCACUUUGGAUUAACAAAGAAGGACAGAAACAUUUGUAGCAAGAAAAGGUUCAGGAGGCUGACUCCACUAGAAAGUGAGGUACGGUAUGAGAGGCACUGGAUCGGCUGUGGAAUAGAAAAAGAUGAGUGCAGAUGAAAUAGCCACCGAACUACUUAGGCUGCAAGAGGUGCUAAUCUGUGCAAUAUACAAAUACAUACGGAAGAAGACUGUUCAUACAGACUGGAAAAGAUUGAUUUUUAAAGAGCAGUCUUCCCAACUGUGCUACAACCUAGCUGUGCGUGAAGUGUGUCAAAAUAAAUAAAUGGUCAAUCUUCCAAGCCUGAGUGAUAACAGUGAGGGCAAUUUCCUAUUUCCAGCCAGCGAGCUGCCCCAUCAAAGGUGAAGAUGAAACGUUCAUCAAGAGAAAGAACAGCAUAUAACUUUCUCACCUCACAUUCUUUCCCACAGUGACAGAAGAAGAAACAAAACCAUCACAAAACUACUAAGAAGAAAAUAAUAAAGAUGCCAUUCGUUCAGAUCUCCUCACCUCAGCAGGAUGCUCUGGCUUUCAUGGGUAGUUUUCUCUCUAUUUCUGACAUUAGCAUCCGCGAACUUUAGCCCAAAGUUCAACAUGAACAGCACCUUUAUGUUGCCAGAGGACACACCUAUAGGCACCCUGGUUUUGCAGUUGGUGGCAGAGGAUGUUGAAAAUGAUCCAUUAUACUACAGCAUUGGGGGUGAAAAUGCUUACUACUUCUCACUUGAUAGUAGAACAGGCAACGUGACGCUGAAGCAACCUGUGGAUUAUGAGCAAACUAAAGUUAUCCUGCUCAAUGUGGAAGUGACAGACAAGAUAACUGUACCAGCCUCUAAAAAAAUCACUAUUAUUAUAAGUGACCGGAAUGACAAUAAACCAAUAUUCCAGAACGAACCUUAUCUGAUAGAUGUCCUUGAGAACACAACAAUUGGUACCCCAAUCUGUGAUGUGAGAGCUGUGGAUAGUGAUAGUGAAAAUGCUGGACGGGUAUCCUAUAAAAUCAUAGAGGUCAUUCCAAACAAUGCAGAGAAUUAUCGGCUUUUUAACAUUCUGCAAAAUGGCACUGUGGUGUUGAAUGGCUCACUCAGCUACAACAAUAAGAGCACUUUCUAUCGAAUCAAGAUCUUUGCUAUGGACAAUGGAGGAUUGUGGAAUGGUCUUUUUAUCUACCAGAACAAUACUGCUUAUAUAUCUGUGACAGUUAUUGAUGUCCCAGAUCUGGAUCCAGAGUUUUUGGGAGAGCCAUAUGUGGCCUCAGUGUCAGAGAACUGCCCUCUGGGUACUCCUGUAAUGACAGUAUUGGCCAUUGACAAGGACAAAGAUGUGAAUGAUAUAAUCCUUUACAGUGUCAUCAAUGCCAGCAACCUGUUUACAGUGAACCAGUCCACAGGAGUCAUCACUGUGAGUAGUAACCUGGACCGAGAAGGCGUGCCAGGUGAAGAGGUGCAAUUUCAGAUUGUUGCUCGAGAAAAAAACUUGAACAUUUACCAUCAAGUGGUACAAGUGAGCUCCCAGGUGACCAUCCAUAUCACCGAUAUCAAUGAUAACAAACCUCAGUUUUAUUUAUGCACGGGCCCUCCCUGCAACUUCACAGGCCCUACGGAAGUCAAUGUUUCAGGUCAGAUCGAAGAACAUGCUUCUGCCAGAACACCUGUGGCCAACCUCAGCAUUGUAGCCUAUGAUCCUGACAAGGGUGAAAAUGGAACUUUCCAGCUGUUCCUGAGAGGUCCUGAUGCACUAGCAUUCUCCGUGUCACCCAGGCAGAUUGUAAAUGAAGGCACUGUUCAAGUGCUAGUGAGAAAUUCAAGCCUCGUGGAUUAUGAAACUACAACUACUAUGAGUGUGGAGAUUGUAGCAAAUGAUACUACAAGGACAGUUGAUUGCUGCUCUUUUGCCACGGUGACCAUCCAUCUUCUUGACAUCAAUGAUCACAGGCCUGAAUUCAGACAGACUGACUACAAGCUCUUUAUAUUAGAAGAGAGCCCACCUGGUUCCAUUGUAGCUUCUAAUAUCACAGCCACUGAUCCAGACAGUGGAAAAUUUGGAGAAAUCACCUACCAAUUACUGCCUAACAGCAUCCAAUCAGAUUUCACUGUGAAUUCAAUGAACGGUACAAUAUUUGUGGCCAAUGGCAGUAAAAUAAAUUGGGGGAUGCGCCCUGUCUAUUAUGCCACUUUGCAAGCAAUGGAUGGUGGUGGGCUGAUUGGUUCUACCCAAUUGGAGAUCACAGUGAUUGACAUCAACAACAAUCCACCGGUUGUGAUAGGUUCCUACAACUUCAUGGUCAUUGAGGGCAACAGCAUCGAGCCUAUCCAGAUCCAGGCCACUGAUCAGGAUAACCCAGAAACCAAUAAUAGCCGUUUGCAUUUUGAAAUUAUGCCUGGCAAUUUCAGGAACAACUUCACUAUUAACCCAGAUACUGGACAGCUCGUCAGCAAAGGGCCCUUGGACCGAGAAGCUAUUCCUGUGAAGCUCAACGGGAAGAUAGUGGUGACAAUACUUGUAGAAGACUUGGGGAUCCCUCAGUUGAACACCACUGUCAAUGUCACCAUCACUGUGGAGGACAAAAAUGACAAUGCACCCAGCUUCAACAGUUCAAAUUACGAGUUCUCUGUUUCUGAAGACUUGCGAGAUGCCUUGGUUGGAGUUGUGGAAGCCAGAGAUGCUGAUCAAACACAAAUUCACAACCGUAUUUCAUUCUACAUCAAUAGCAGCACAGGCUCAAACAACUUUCUGAUUCGCUCCCGCGCCCAGGGAUCUGGCUGGUAUCAGGGCAUGUUGUCUCUAGACCCAGAAAUUGUUCUUGACUAUGACCAAAUGCAGGAGAAGUUCUUCAAUCUCAUUCUUCGGGCUGAAAAUUCAGACUUAGGGGAAACAAUGGAAGCUGCCAUUGCCAUGGUGAAGGUGUAUGUGCUAGAUGUCAACGAUGAGUCCCCAACCAUUGUACCAUUUCCACCAGAAAACAUUCACAUUACAGAGAAUGAAAAACUACAUACGUUAGUAGCUGAGCUGGAGGCUACUGAUAAGGACACCAACCACUCAUUAGUAUUCCAGGAGUUGGCUGUUGCAUGUUUCAACAGUACAGGCAGUGUAGGCAAUAUAUGUCAGCACUGGUUCCACCUAGUAGCCAAUGGAUCACUUUUUGUGAAUAGUUCAGGUAUAGACUAUGAACUGUGCACCCGAGUGGAAAUCACACUGCGUGUUAAGGAUGAGUUCACUGCAGUAGGAAAUCCCUACAGUAGAAAUGAGACUCUGGUCAUCUUAAUUGGUGAUGCAAAUGACAACGCACCCCAGUUUUAUCCUGUCAAUGACACCUUUGUAAUAAUCCCAGAAAUCUCUCCAAUUGACCUGUCUGUGGCUAUGGUCAAGGCCAAGGAUGCCGAUUCAGGUGAAGAUGGUGUGAUCACAUUUAGCAUCUCUGAGGUAGUUUUCAUCCAGGACAAUGGACAUGAACAGAAGUUUUCCAGCAUUUUCAGAGUGGCAAAAACAAUGGAGAAGGAUUUCUCUGUGGGAAACAUCCAAAUAGCAAGCAACCUUAACAGCAUGUUGGAAGGCCGAUAUCAGGUGAAAGUGGAAGCCAAAGACAAUGGAACUCAAGCCCUAAGCAAUUUCACAUCACUGGAUAUCUUCAGUGUGGCUAAGACUUACCGUAUAAAACUGAAAUUUGAUAUCACUUUAGAGGAACUGCAGGAUAAUUCAAAUAACAUCAAAAGAAUUCUGUGCAACGCAACUGGAACAACAGUCUACGUAAUAGCAAUCUAUACAGACGAUUCAUCAACCUCCAAAUCCGAAAGGGCCCUGGAGAAGACUGCAAUGGAUGCCUAUUUUGUUUACAAGAAUGGCACGGCUCUGACUGGUGAUCAUGUGCUCACGCUCAUUCGAAGAAACCCGGAACAGUUGAAGCAACUGAUCAAUCUUGGCUUGUCGGUCAUUGGUCCUGCGGAUGUGAAAGAACCUGAGAAAGAGAUGGAGUUGUUUGGUGUUAUCAUAGGGUUGGCAGCAGCUGUCUUCAUCCUCCUCCUCCUCUUGACUGGGACAAUAAUUGGCAUGAGGAAAAGUUAUACAAGGAAGUUGAAGGCACUCAAAGCUUUGAACGUGGCUUCAAAUUUCUCAGCCAGUGGAGUGCAGCAAGGACCUGCCAUUCCUGGAACCAAUAAGUACAACACAGAAGGGGCUAAUCCUGUGCUUGGUUUCUCCUUGGAUCCUUCUAUGAGCCUUGGCUUUGAGGAAAAUGCCAGUUCUGAAGUGGCCAGCCUGAACUCUCUGGAUGAAAACAUGGUUGAUGCUGCCCACGACUUAUUUCCUGCUAAACUGAAACUGGACAAAGCAGAUGCUCAGCGGGAAAUAAACAAUUGUGAAGAGCCCUUGAAAGCUGCUUUAGACAGCCAUAGGAAGUACAAGCCACUGCAGCAAGGGAACGUCAAGCAGGCACCUCUAGACUCUUCCUUAAGUACUACAGAAAUAUGACUGUGCCCAUUUCCUUCUGGCAAAACAAUGUCCUGAAUGUACAGCAGCUGUGAUCUGAAGAUGCUGAAAUACUAAUGAAAAUUAUAAAACAUUGGGAUAUUGCCUACUCUGUGGCCUGAAUUAACUCAAGGUCUGCACCUUAAACUGCACCACAUCUGCUCUAAACCAGAAGCAAAGGCAGACUGAACAAGAUCAUGGAACCGAAGAACUGGAAGAAGCUUCUUGGGCCAUUAGGUCCAGCAUACUGUGGGCUUAGGAAUCCAGCUGAAAGAUACAUACAUGUGGCUACUACACAAAAUUGUUAGGGUAUUCAGUAAAACAAAAUGCUUCAAUGGAGACAAGGCAGGGAAUAAAAGUGUAAGUAUGAAGAUAGUGGUAAUGAUAGGAUUGAAAAUAUCAAACUUAGUUACUGGUCAGUAAGAGUUCUGAUCCUGUUUUAAUGGGGUAUGACAGAAUGACUUUGGGCCAGUGAAGCAUGAGCUUGUCCAUGUAGUCAGUAGAAGUCACAGCUAACUUAUGGACACUAUUAGUCUCUGGGUAGACACCUUCACUAUCCAGGCUCUUCUCAUCCCAUCUCACC